AUGAGCAAGCGGUGCGCUCGUGAGGAAUGCGGGAAGUUGGUUUAUCCAUUGGAAGAGCUGAAAUGCCUGGAUAAGGUCUGGCACAAAACAUGCUUUAAAUGCACGGUCUGUGGUAUGGCGUUAAACAUGAAAAACUACAAGGGCUACAACAAAAUGCCUUAUUGUGAGCCGCACUACCCAAAGACGGUGGCUAGCGUCGUCACGGAUACCCCUGAAAUGAGGCGACUUGCCGAAAACACAAAGUAUCAGAGCCAGGUCCAAUAUCAUGCUGAAUACGAGAAGCAAAAAGGCACAAAAAUCCAGAUUGCCGAUGACCCCGAAAUCUCACGACAUAUGGCAAACACAAAAGUGCAAUCCCAAGUCGCCUAUACCGGGGAACUCGCCAAAAAGCAAAACCAGGACCAUCUCCGGACCUAUGGCUUCGAGCAAGAACCACAACAGAAUGCGCCUACCCCGACUUUUGGGACAAGUUCAGUCAGCCAACCCGGCAGUACUGUACUGUACAGUUCGGAACAAGGGGGGACAAUACAACAACAACCGCGCAUUGUCGGAAGUAUUGUUGAUUACGAUCCGAUGAAUGGACAAUAUGGAUCUACCGCUGCACAGAAUCAACCCACUUCCUAUUUGAAUGGAGGUGCAGCAAAAACCAGCAAUGCCAAACCGAAACACGAGGAGUUUUUCACUGUUCGCGCCAUCUACUCGUACGAAUCAAAAGAUUCAGAUGAGGUAUCUUUCAAUGAAGGUGACGUCAUCGUCAAUUGCAAAAGUGUUGAUGAGGGUUGGAUGACUGGACUUGUACAAAAUACCAGCCAAUGGGGCAUGCUCCCAGCAAAUUAUGUGGAACGAAUU